AUGGCCACCGAACGUCUCUACCAACUUCUCUACCCCCUUCCCUCCCCACCUCCCCGACCCCGCCUCUCCUCCUCCCCAAUGCAAAUCCUCGCCCUCGGCCUCCCCCGCUCCGGCACCGACUCCCUCCGCACCGCCCUGCACACCCUAGGCUACACCCACAUCUGGCACGGCUUCGACCUUCCCUCCACACGCCCCCACGACUGCGCCAUCUGGGUCCCUCUCCUGCAAUCCAAAGCGCGUGGCGACUCCGGGCCAGGUCGGGAGUUUGACUGGGACGUGCUGUUGGGUGAUUGCGAUGGGGUGAUGGAUAUGCCUCCCGGAAUAUUCGCCGAGGAGUUAUUGGAUUUUUACCCGCAGGCGAAGGUGGUGCUGAAUCGGAGGAGGGAUAUGGAUGCCUGGCAUCGGAGUUUGAAUGAGGCUGCGAAGAUGAUAUUGGGGAGUUGGGGGAUAUGGGGGUUGAGUUGGUGGGAUGCGGAACUGUUUUGGUGGUAUCGGAGUGCGGUGUUGUGGAUGGGGAUUAUGGGAGAAGGCAAAGGGGGGUUUGAGAAAAAUGGGAAGGAGUGGGCGGAGAGGUAUUAUGAGAGGUUGGAGGGGAAGUUGGAGAGGGAGGGGAGGGAGUAUUUGGAUUGGGAGGUGAGGGAUGGGUGGGGGCCGUUGUGUGGGUUUUUGGGGAAGGAGGUCCCGCAUGAGGAUUUCCCUUGGGGGAAUAAGGGGGGGAAUGAGUUUGAGAAGAAUGCGAAUAAGGCUAUUGAGAAGAUGGUGAAGAGGGCGGUGGUGAGGAUUGCGGGGACGGUGGUUGUAGUUGCGGCGGGUGUAGGAGGAUGGUGGUGGAGGUCACAGUGAUUUCCUAAGAGGAUGGAGAACGGGUCUCAGAAAAGGAUGCUCGGGUCAGACAAUGCACCACGAAGAUUCAGACGAGGUAUCUCAUUAUCAAAAGCCAUAUUAUUUAAAGGGGUUUUAUUUGGAGGUUCUACUGUAUCUCCAUGUAAGAAAACAUAUACAUAAGAAAAGGGGGUAUAAGACAGACCACCGCUUCCCGUACCCGUACAAUCUAGCCCUAUCCUUGCAAAGCAAGACGACGCGCGCUGAAAUAAGCUAAAUAUACAACUGAU